AAAGAAUCGACUUCUGUGUAUAGACUUCAUAUCAUCGUUAUUAUUUUUCUUUUUGUUACCUGUAUUUUUGAGAUAUAUCAUGUCUUCAUCUCCCGAGGGUAGAGAUCGGAAGCGACCCAGGACGCAAUCUUGUCCUCCCCCAGCUUUGCCUCAGCUCGUGUCUGAACAGCAUGUUCCGAUUGCCUACAAUGACAAGGAUACCAAGCGACUUAUUGUCGUCCUCUCCAACGCCAGCUUGGAGACCUACAAGGCCGUGUACGGUGGUGGCCGCGGAGCAGCGGGCCGAGAUGAAAAGUACACUCUGUUGAACAGCGACGAGCACAUUGGGGUGAUGCGGAAGAUGAACAGAGACAUUAGUGAAGCUCGACCGGAUAUCACCCAUCAGUGCUUGCUCACUCUGCUCGACUCCCCGAUCAACAAGGCCGGAAGGCUGCAGAUCUACAUCCACACCGCCAAAGGUGUCCUGAUCGAGGUCAGCCCGACGGUUCGGAUUCCUCGCACCUUUAAGCGGUUUGCUGGUCUCAUGGUCCAGCUUCUGCACCGUCUUUCUAUUCGGUCUACUCAGUCACAGGAGAAACUCCUCAGGGUUAUCAAGAACCCCAUCACCGACCACCUCCCUCCCAACUGCCGAAAGGUUACGUUGAGUUUUGAGGCUCCCGUGGUUCGUGUGCAAGACUACAUUGCAUCGCUGGGCUCUAAUGAGAGCAUCUGCGUCUUUGUCGGCGCCAUGGCCAAGGGAGCCGACAACUUUGCUGAUGAGUUCAACGAUGACACCAUCAGUAUCAGCAACUUCAGUUUGAGUGCCAGUGUGACUUGUGGAAAAUUCUGUAAUGCGGCAGAGGAUGUCUGGAACAUCAUCUAGUCAUUUUGAGGUUUGCAUUUAACGAAGCGACGACGAUUUUACGAACCGAUUGCAACAGGUGACGGCAGAAAUACACACAAAAAAAAAAGACCUCGAAUUACACAGGAUCCCCAGAAGAAGACCCAGAGCCCGAACGCGAC